UUUAGAGAGACGAGCAUGGGAUGGGAGUAGAUUGAUUGAUAGGUUAUAGAUGGUGGAAUGGUAGGUAAAACGACUUGCACAUAAAUGAUACCGGUAGAUUUGAUUUUGAUUUUGUUUUGAAUCUACUUUUCUAAGGUCUCACACCACAAUACUAUCUUAAUUUCUUAUUAUUAUUUAAAGACAAAAAAACAAAAUCCCGAUUCUCAUUUUCAUCUUUUUUCCAUUUCCCCCUUCAAUUGCAUCAUCGCCUUCCCCUGUGUCUCAGGGAAGCCUCUAUCAACCUCUCUGCGCUUCCUUCCAGAACCUUCCAACACCUUCGCAUCUUCGAUCAUAAUCAAUCGCAAUUCGCGCCCUAAUGAACGGCCGAGGCGAACUCGGUUCUCCGGAUCCAUGCGAUUCCUUCCCUCCGCUACGCGUCCGCCGAUCGGACGCCGCCGCCUCGCGCCACUCCUCGUGCGGCGGCGAUUCCGAGUUCGAGCGCUACUGCAGCGCCAACUCCGUCAUGGGAACGCCCAGCACCAGCAUGAGCCUCUGCAGCGCCGUCACGCUCUUCCACGAUUUCUCCGAUUUGGAUUUCGAUAAUUUCAGUUUGGGGAAAGGAGCGCAGCCGGAGCCCAAUCGGAACCGGAGCCGGACCUUCAGGUACGGUUCCAGUGGUUUGGAGUUCUACGGUGAUUGCAGCGACGAACUCGCCAUCACCGCGCUCGAUUCGUCGGAGUCCAUCGCGUUUAACCGGAAUGAAGAGUCCGAGGUGAACGUUGGAGAAGGUGGUGUAAAAGAGGAAAAACGAGAAGAAGAAGAAGAAGGAGAAGAGGAAGAGGAAGAUGACGAAGAAGAAGAGUUCUCAGAGGGUGAUGAUUCUAUGUAUAACUACGGUAGUGAUGAUGAUGGUCGAAACGAAACGUCUUUGUCGAAUAUUAUACAUUAUCGUGAGGAACCGGAAGUGAGAAACGAUAACUCUUUGUUUAUGAAUUCUUCCGUGGCCUAUGGUUCCAUGGACUUGGAUGAUUUUUUGCUGCAAAACGGUCCCGUUUCUGUUGUGUCUGAUCUGUUUCGCAAUCAGCGAAAAAUGAACGAUGGAGUGAAUUCAGGUUCUGGUCAAAAGGAGGGAGCGAAAGAUGACAAGGACAAUGUCACAGUUAACGAGGUUGAAGAAACAAAAGAACUUGGUUGUUCUGAUGGUAUAGAAGAGGUUAGGGAUAGGGAAGUUGAUAUGCUUGCUAACCUAGGAGAAAGUUCUACCUCAAUUGAUUUUGGGAACAGUUUCGAAAAGCAUGUUCAAGGGUCUGAUGAUUUGGUUAGUUGUUCUAAAACUGCUUCUGUUGCCAACGUGGAUGAAGUUGAUUUGGAUCUUGUGGCGGAAGAAGCUACUCGGAAUACGAGUUUGAAUGUGAGUGGUGGUGGUAGCAUGGAAAAGGGGAAUGUCAAUGUCAACAGUAUAGAAGCUAUUGCUAUUAGUGAUGCUCAGUGUGUAAAGUUAGAGGUGGAUGAUUCUAUGUUCAAGCUUGAUCGCAAUAAUGAUAGCCGAAUUGAUGAAACUUCUUCCAAUCCAUCCAACUGUCCUGGGAAUGUUAUUGCAAAAUCAUCUGAGAGUCUUGAACAAGCUGUGCCACCUUUGGACAGUGGAAUGAGGAAAGCAUUACAUCUUGGGAAUGUUGAUGCAAAAUCAUUUGAGAGUCCAGAAAAAUCUGCGCCACCGUUGGACAGUGGAACGAGGAAAACAUUAGAGAGCUCUUCCACUUCAACAGAUCUCUUUGAAGAACGUCCUGUGGUAUCCAUGAUAGAAGACUUUGAGCUAAAUGAAUUCUAUGACGAGGUUGUUCAGGAAAUGGAAGAAAUUUUACUGGAAUCUGUGGAUUCUCCUGGGGCCAGGCUUUCCAUGGGUAACAGAUUGGCUGAUCGUCAAUUUUCUAUGCCUUCGAGAGAUGGUGGGUUGACUGCUUCUACUUCUAGUACAGAUGAUGCUUACCUGCUAGUUCAGCGCCCAAGAAGAAUAGAUAGGAUUGAAGUGGUAGGUGCAAGGCAGAAGAAAGGUGAUGUUUCUUUCAGUGAAAGAUUAGUUGGGGUGAAGGAAUACACGGUGUAUAAAAUAAAGGUGUGGAGUGGCAAGGAUCAGUGGGAGGUUGAAAGGAGAUAUCGUGAUUUCCUUACUCUCUAUCGUUGCAUGAAAACCUUAUUCAAUGAACAAGGCUGGAAAUUACCUUUGCCAUGGGCUUCUGUUGAAAAGGAAACCCAGAUAUUUAGAAGUGCAUCUCCUGAUAUUAUUGUAAAGAGAAGUGUUCUCAUUCAAGAGUGUUUACAGUCUAUUCUCAGUUUCAGGUUCUCUUUAAGUCCUCCAAGAGCAUUGAAUUGGUUUUUGUCUGAUCAAGAUUCAUAUCCUAUUUCACAUGUGUCAAAUGGACUAGUGUCUCAGUCUUCUUUUACAAGAGGGGAAAAUAUUCAAAACAUUUCCAAUUUAGGGAAGACAAUUUCACUUAUAGUUGAAAUUCCACCAAACAAAUCUGUGAAACAGUUGUUAGAAGCACAACAUCACACCUGUGCUGGAUGCCGAAAGCAUUUUGAUGAUGGAAAAACUUUGAUUUGGGAUUUUGUACAGACAUUUGGAUGGGGGAAGCCUCGACUUUGUGAAUACACUGGCCAGUUGUUUUGCUCUUCUUGCCACACAAAUGAGACUGCAGUCUUGCCAGCCAGGGUUUUACAUCAUUGGGAUUUCACUUAUUAUCCUGUUUCCCAGAUGGCAAAAUCCUAUCUGGAUUCUAUACAUGAACAGCCUAUGCUUUGUGUCACUGCCGUUAAUCCCUUCCUUUUGUCAAAGGUCCCUGCAUUACUUCAUGUUAUGAGUAUCAGAAAAAAGAUAAGUACAAUGCUUCCAUAUGUUCGCUGCCCAUUUUGGAGAUCUAUCAAUAGAGGACUUGGAAGCAGGAGAUAUCUUCUUGAAAGCAAUGACUUUUUUGCUCUUAGAGAUUUGAUUGAUCUUUCCAAAGGAGUCUUUGCUGCACUUCCUGUGAUGGUGGAAACUCUGUCGAGGAAAAUCCUGGAACACAUUACUGACCAAUGCCUCAUAUGCUGUGAUGUGGGAGUCCCCUGCAAUGCCCGACAAGAUUGCAGUGACCCAUCUUCUCUCAUUUUCCCAUUUCAGGUAAAUUAUGAGCAGGAAGACGACAUUGAAAGGUGCAAAGCUUGUGAGUUGGUUUUCCAUAAGCGUUGCUUUCGAAAAGUAGCAAAUUGUCCUUGUGGGGCUCAACUAAAAUUGAAUGAGACAAGGAGCUUAACUAACAGAGGUGGUGAAACUAGAGGAGGUUUGGACUUGUUAGGCAGGGGAGGGUUGUCACCUAGGUUCCUCUCUGGAUUAUUUGCCAAAGAAAAGCCGAACAAGACUAGGGAGCAGCACAAAGACGAAAAUAUUAUUUUGAUGGGUUCCUUACCCACCACUUCUUUAUGAUCGCUCAGUGUUUUCUCUAUAUCUUCCGUUCAUCACUUAUACAUUUUAUUACAUCCUAUUCCUAGGAAUAGGAUGUUCCUUCAAUAAUCACAAUUCUCUAUGUACUCUUUUUUUUGGGUUUCUCAUUCUUUGUAACAAAAGUUCAUGUAUAGUGUUCAGUCUCGUCAUUAUUUUCUUUUAUCUACGCUGACUAUGUUCCAUUCAUAAAUUGUAUUUUUUUUUCUUCUGUAAGUGUUUAUAAAUAAAUUUUUAUUCAAAUAGGGUUUAUGUAACAUUGGUUUAAGAGAAGAGAGCAAUGCAUAAGUAAAAAAGAGAUAGGAUCAGAGCUCACAAUUCAUGA